AUGCCGUCCGAACGCGACUACCAGAUCCGGCCCAUUGCGCAGGACUCGGUCAUGCACAAUUCCAAGAACUUGUCAAACCUCCACAGUCUCGCCGGCUCCCUGUUCGGCGUCAGCGCCGGCAUCCUCGGCCUCGAGUCCUACAGCGGCUUCCUCUUCUACCUCGUCUUCUCGACCAUCACGACGCUCCUCUUCUACGUCUUCCAGGUCGCACCCGAGUCGCUCGCGGAGAAGAGACCCAUCCUUGACACUGGCCGCUACUUCCUCAGCGCACUGGACUUUUGGACGAGCGGGAUAUUCGGAGGCUUGUCUGGCUUUGUUUUGACGUGGACAUUGUUCUAUGGUUUAGUAAGGGCAUGA